AUGCACUGUGCCUCUCCUAAUCUUUCUGAUGUUCCUCCUGAUAUUUCUUCUGAUGCAGUAUCACUUCUAUUUAGGCUAGAGAAGGUUUCAUUUUCAUAUGAAAUAUCUGUUUCAGUAAUGGAUAUCAAGAAUAACAUACUUAUUCUUGCACUACAUACAGGAAAACUUUUACGAAUGGAUUUGAUGCAUCCGAGUGAAAUUCAAGAUCUAGAGGUUCCACGGAAGCAAAAAAGUUCAAUAAUUGGAAAAAUUUUUCUUUCUCCAGGAGGACAACAUUUGGUUGUAGAAACAGGAACGAACGAGUAUAUAUAUUUUGAUGUACAUACUACUCGAGGAAAAGUGCUCCAAAGACUUAAAGGACUUAAUAUAAGGUGUAUUGGAUGGAAUAUACAUGCUACAGAAGCGAGUACAAAAGACAUUCUAUUGGGAUGUAAAGAGGGAAAUAUUUUUGAAACAUGUAUAGAAAUGGGAGAGGAGAAAUAUGUUAAACGGGUUUACAAAGACCAGGAUAAUUCAGAUAUUGUCGGAAUUUAUAUGGAGGAUAUUUCUCAAGAUAUACAUUAUCGAUAUAUUAUCAUAGUUACAGAAAAAAAAGUAGAAUAUUUUAUGGGUCGAAUGGCACAGGGAGGUCAGGGAGAAGAGGGAAUGACUCGAGAACUUUUUGUUUCUGGACAUAAGGGACUUGAGAUGGCUGAAAUGAAAAAUUCACAAUUUUCAAUAUCGCCAGUUGAAAUAGAGUAUUACGAGGAGAUAAAUGAUCGAUAUAUUGCAUGGUUAUCAGGAAAAGAUAUUUUUUAUGGAUCUUUGAGAGCUUUUGAUGUUGAUCCAUCAGAAAAAGUUAAUUUUACGUUAACACAUUUGCAUAUAGAUACAAUCAAACGAGAGUUUUCAGAAUUUCCAUUCUUUUUUUGUUUUACACAUUAUCAUAUUAUCAUUGUACAAGAAAACGAGAUUUAUAUCGUUAAUCGAUUGAACAAUCAAAUUGUUUUUACAGAAAAAAUACAUAUGAAAUCAGACAAAAAAAUACUAGGAUUAGUUACAGAUACGUAUAAAAGUACAUAUUGGAUUUAUUCAAAAGAUUUUGUUUAUGAGAUUGUUAUUUCUAAUGAAAACGCUGAUAUUUGGAAGUCAUUUCUUGAAAAUGGUAAUUAUUUAAAGGCUCUUAAAUUUGCAAAAAAAAAUUCUCAUUACGAUGCUAUUUAUAGGGAAUAUGGCAUGGAUUUAAUUAAACAGGCUAAGACCCAUGAAGCAGCAAAAGUAUUAGCGAAAACAACAUUGCCAAUUGAAGAGAUUUCUCUAAAAUUCAUGGAUAUGAAAGAUCAUGAUGCAUUGAGAAUAUAUUUACUUGAAAAACUCUCAUUGAUAAAAAAAGGAGCUCUUAUACAAAAAACAAUAUUAUCAACAUGGUUACUUUUUUUAUAUAUAACUAAGAUGAACACAUUGGACGAUAUCCAAGUACAAAAUUCUUUUCUUAAUAUUUCUGACACUGUUUCUACAGAAAUUAAAGAAAUUCAAAACGAAUUCAGUGAAUUUAUAAAUAAAUACAAGUCUAAUUUAAAUCGAGAGGCGUCCUAUCAUCUUAUUAAUAGUCAGGGUCGGCAAAAUGAACUGUUAAUAUACGCAGAAAGCAUUAAUGAUUACCCAUAUAUUUUACAAUAUUGGGUACGGAAUCAGAAUUAUGAUGCAGCUCUUAAUGCUCUCAAUAAACAAACCGAUCCAGAGUUAAUUUAUAAAUACGCAUCUGUAUUAAUUUUACAAAAACCAAAGGCAACUGUAGAUACUUGGAUAUUACAUUCAGAUAUUAAUCCAUUAAAACUUAUUCCUGCUAUUAUCGAUUACAACCAACAAUAUAAACUUUUAAUAGAACAAAAUCAAACAAUUCGUUAUCUCUUUUUUAUUAUUGAUCAGGCACCUAUAACAGAACCUAUAAUUCAUAAUACAUUAUUAUCACUACUUGCUAGUAGUGAAAACCAAGAUGAAACAUCGCUUUUGCAAUAUCUUGAAUGGCAAAAAAGUAAAGACUUGUAUAAUUCAGAAUUUGCAUUACGUACUUGUAUUCAAUACAAAAGAAUUCUAAGUUCUAUUUAUUUAUAUUCUAAAAUGGGCUUUUUUGAGGAAGCAGUAGAUUUGGCUUUAAAACAUAAUAAUAUAGAUUUAGCGUCUACCUCAGCAGAUAAAGUUGAAAAUAGUAUUUUAAAGAAAAAAUUAUGGAUUAAAAUUGCAAAAAAAGUAAUUAGUCAGUCCGACGAAGACACCAAAAGUUCUUUAAAAUUUUUAAUGAAGAAUGGAUCACUUAAUAUCGAAGAUUUAAUCCCAUUAUAUCCAGAUUCUGUAAAAAUAGAUAAUUUUAAAGAAGAAAUAUGUUCUGUCUUAAAAGAAUAUACUUCUAAUAUAAAUUCGUUGCUUAAAAAGAUGGAAGAAUUAACAGUAUCAGCUGACAAUAUUCGCCAUAAUAUAGAAGAUCAUAAUAAAUGGUUUACGAUUUUAAAUGUAGAGGAAAAAUGCAAUAUCUGUAAAAAUAUAUUAUUAAAUGACCAAUUUUAUGUUUUCCCAUGUCAACAUUGUUUUCAUAAAGAUUGUUUAUUUUCAAAAAUUUCAAAAGAUUCUACUUUUUGGCAAUAUCGACGAGUUCAGGAUUUACAAUCUAUAAUAUCUAAACUUGAAAGCGAUAUCCCUAUGAAACAACUUGACCAGUAUGAACGAUUAUGCAAAGAACUAGAUGAUAUAAUAUCAGCAGAGUGUAUACUUUGUGGUAGUAAUAUGAUACGAAGUAUAGAUAAAAAUUUUAUUGAUAUUAAUUCAAAGGAAGCAUUAUUUUGGAAUAUUUAA